AUCAAUAACAAAAUGGCGGAGGGUAUAAUGACAUUCACAUUACUUAGAAACGGAUAUUCGUUAUAAUAUGAAAUUAUGAAGGAUAAAAAAGUUAAACGACUGAUUAAAUCAGCAGUCGACACAUCAACGAAUGUUCUUCGUGCAUUGUGUCAGAAAAAACUAUUGUCUGAUUCUGGAGAAGAUUUUCAAAGUUUUCUCACUAAGAACCUUCAUUAUUUUUUUCACCAAUAUGAAGGAGAAAACAUACGAUGCUGUGAAUGUACGUUAUCAAAUUGUGAAAAUACCAAGACUACGGAUUUUACAAAGUCUGUUCUCUUGCAAGCAUACGUAUAUAAAGGCGAUCCAGCUGAUGGGCAUGUAGUUACAGAAGAGGAAAACAUUGUUCAGAAGUGUAUGCAUACGUAUGAGACACGUAAAAUUUCGUUAGAUGAGCUUGACACUGAAGCUUUAUCGGUUUUCCUAUUACAUAAAGGACAUUUGUCUCCAGAGGAAAAUGAAGCUAUAAAAGUUAUACGAUCAACUGUACAAAGACUAGAUGACACGAAGCAAGAGCAACCGCAUAACAUGGAGGUCAAAUGGGCUGAUUUAGAAAAAGCUGUUAUUUUACUGACACAUCCACAUUAUUACCGUCAACUGGUUAAAGAAGUGUUUGAUGAAAUUUGUAAACUUGAUCAAUCAAAACCUGAGGCAACUGGCAUCAAAAAAGAGAAACCGUUGAAUCCAAAAAAGGAAUGUUCGAUAAGCGAGGAGGAAUGGAUAAGUGAUAACGAAGGUCCUUCCAUGAAAAACAAGUCUGAUGAACAAAACAUGCAGAUGUUAACCAAACUAUUUAAGUCUGUAGUACCAACUGAGAGAAACAACAAGUCUUCAUCGGAAAACGUUGCUGACGUGGACAAGAUACUCAUUCAGCCAUGUGCGAUAGAAAAAAAGAUAGGAAAGUUGACUCUAAAUGUGCAGUAUCAGAGGAUUAUCAAAACUGACAAAGUUGAUCCUACUUUUGAACUGGGUCCGAUGGAUGUAAAAUGGAAUAUCAAAACCCCUAAAGGAUGGAAGAUUGAAAAGAUUAUAAAAAAACUGAAGAGUAAAAUGGAUGAAAUUUCUACAAAUUUGCCGUUAAGAAUAAAAAAUAUAACAAGAGGAUCGGUCAAUAUAUUAACAACAGUUGAAGCAGACGUCCUUACAGAUCAAACGAAAAGCAAUCGUGUAUUCAAGUCUUUUCUUGGAAAAAUAGUAAAUGCUGGAGGUUUUGGAACAAAUAGAAGACAGACAAUUAAUGUUCGUGCCGAAAUUGUGCAUGAAGAUCCUACGUUUACUUUUGAAAUGAGUGCGACAUCGUUAGAAAUGCCUGUAGAUAUCGUUAAAGCAACAACUGGUGUUUUCGAAUUUUGUGCGAAUGAACGUGUAAAUUAUCCUGGCACAUUUAUGUGUGAUGGUUUCAUUGUUGAUUGUAUUGUUGACAGAAGACUAGCCAGGAAGUCAUCAGGACAUUGGCCGUUUGAUAUAGACAUGCUUCAAGAAUUCAUGAUAACAUAUCCUUUUAAAAAACUUUUGAACAACCAUCGCAGCUUUCAGGAACAAUCUUUCACUAACAAAUCAUGGCAUGAACGGUUCAUACGCAGUAUCAGGCUCUCUGCACUAGGAAUGCCCGUUACUAAUUCAGGAUUGGAAUGUCGAUAUUUGCUGUCUCAUUCGAACCAUAAUAAUGAUGAUUCCAUAGAUAUCUUGCAUUCGGUAUUAACAUCAGCAAUCAAGGCACAAAGUUAUAACUGCGCAAAAGCAUUGGCAUGGAAGAUCACAAGACUAUUUGUCAAAUCGUUUAAAAAGAAGUCGUUCUAUGACGUAUGGCCAGGUUUCAUCUGUAAUUGUAAAGACAAAUGUGAACCUUUGGAAGAUUAUGAAAUAUGCUCAUCUGAUAUUGUUAUAGUUGUUGAGGUGUAUGCAGUCGAAGAUGUAUUUCCCCGACCAAAUGUUUUUCAUGGUAUUCCAAUUACUUACAAAGUCGUAAAAGGAAAUUCACCAGAGGCAAAUCUAAUAUCGAAAGAAAUUGACCAGUAUCAGAAUGUCGAAGACAAUUCAUGUGCAGUCAAUGUCUCAAAUGAGCAAGCUCAGCAGUUCUUUUCUGCCCACAGCAAAUUGUGCCUUAUUACAAAAUCUUCCUUGAGAUCCAAAGGCUACAGUCGGAAAAAGCAGAAACAGACUUUUGUGAAAGAACCAUGUAUCCAGUUGUUUUGUAGGUUUAAAGGAAUCAUUCCCGUCGGUGAGAAACAUUUUCCUACUUCCAUAGACUCGUUUGCAACAGAUGUUUUAGAAGGAUACCCACAAUUACUAGUCAAAGAUGUCAAAAUUGGAAGUGAAGUUGGUAGUUCAUGUCGCGCAGGAACAGGAACUCUGGGUGGAUUUGUUAAAUUUCACGGUGAAGAUGCGCUGUUGACUUGUGCUCAUGUGGUUCUUGAACGGGAUCUCCUUGGGUCAAAUGCGAACAGACCGGAAAUGCACGAGAAUCCUAUUGUUGUUUAUUGCAAAAAUCCCGACGAACUGGAAUUUAAAUGUGGGAAAUUGGUCAGCUAUGUAUUUCCACCAGAAUUAAGUGAAGGCACCAGCGUUGAUGCAGCGAUUAUCAGAAUGGAUCCAUUUAGCCGAAUAAGUGAAAAUGUUGUUGCCGUUGACAGAGAAGGCCAUUGUCUUAAAUCAAUGUACUUACAUCGCAACUAUAUUGACUACCGAGAAAUUGGGACCAUUCAUGAGGUGCAGGUGGCUGCUGUUGGAGCGAUUUCAUCAGUUCAACAAAGACAUGAUAGGAUAUGUUUGGAAGAUAAAAAACAAGUUGAAUUUGAAACCCUUGCCCACGCUGUUAGAAAUAAAGUGAAUCAUUAUCCAACGCCUCUGGAUAUUAAUGAUUGUAUUCAUCUUGUUGAUCACGCAAUAAAACAAGUCGGAGAUGAAGAACUAAAAACUCCUAGAACUGUUACGUUACAUCAGCAGAUUUCAAUGCGCAAGGUGUCUUUUACACAAGGUGACUCCGGUAUGUGCAUCUAUGUCAAAUGUCCUGACAAUCAGUUUCGUUGCCUAGGAAUGGCCAUAGCAUCACACCCAGACGGUGGAUGUAUCAUUACUCCGAUAAAGGCCAUUUUAUCAGCAUUUAAGUUAAUAUGAAAUAUUUAAUAGAUGCAUAGUUAUAAAUCAUAUUCAUAAUGUUUAUAAAUCCAUUUCAAUGAAAGAUGGCAUGAAACCAUAAUGUUGAUUCUGCACUAAGAUUUUUUCUACCGUCUGAUGUCCUAUUGUUGAAUUUUGGGGUUGUGACAUCGGAGAACAGUCCAUAUAGAUAACUCAAAUGAUAAUAUAUGUGUUUUCAAGCAGCUAAAUCAUGCACCAUAUCUUCUUGUUCUUCUUCUUUAACUCUAUGAAUAUGUAUUUUUUUUACGUACAAUCCCAUUUAACUCAAACAAAAGGUCAAUCAAUCCUCAUUUCUCUGUACAUGCGUUUACACAUGAUUGCAUUCUGUGUGCUUUUAAUUUUGUGCACAUAACUCUUACAUUAAAUGGAUAUGACACCGGUGACUCGUUUGUAUACAAUAGUUGUCUCUUCGACAAAUCUACUCAAUGCGAACGCCCCGCAUUGCCAAAGAGAUACUACCCACCAAUGUUCAAAAGAUGAGGGUGUAAGCAAUUAAAGGCAACUGCACAGCAUUUUUAAAAGAAUGCGGAAACCCAAUUCCAUGUAGUCCCCUAUAAAAGGCGCCGAAAUGAAAAUAUUCUAAUGAGAAAACUAACAACCUCAUUUAUAAUAAAACAACUUACGAAAAACAUAUAUAAUCGACAUGAUCCAAUGACAACUAAGCGGCUUUUUAAAAAAAAUUGACACUAAACGUACGUAGUAUUUUAUUUGUGAUAAUUUCAUAUUAAAGCUAUACUGAAUUGGUUAUAACAUGUAUUAAGAGAUGUCAUUUUAGCCAUUCUUGCAACAAAUGUUUUACAGAUUAAAAUUACAAUUUCUUA